AUGUCUGCUAACUGGGACGAGUCCGAGGAGACCACCACUUCCAUCAAGCUCUUCAACAAGUGGAGCUAUCAUGACAUUGAGGUCAAGGAUAUCUCUCUCCAAGACUACGUCAUGGUCAAGACAAACCCUGUCUACCUUCCCCACACUGCUGGUCGUUACCAGGUCAGGCGCUUCCGCAAGGCACAGUGUCCUCUUGUUGAGCGUCUUGCCAACUCUCUCAUGAUGCACGGCCGCAACAACGGCAAAAAGCUUAUGGCUGCUCGCAUUGUCAAGCAUGCUUUUGAGAUUGUUCACUUGCUCACUGAUCAGAAUCCCAUCCAGGUUCUUGUUGAUGCCGUUCUCAACACCGGUCCUCGUGAAGAUUCAACCCGUAUUGGUAGUCAAGGCACUGUCCGUCGUCAGGCUGUUGAUGUCUCUCCUCUCCGUCGCGUUAAUCAGGCUAUCUGGCUUUUGACCACUGGAUCUCGUGAGGCAGCAUUCCGCAAUGUCAAGACUAUUGCAGAAUGUCUUGCUGAUGAGCUCAUUAACGCUGCAAAAGGAUCAUCCAACUCUUAUGCAAUCAAGAAGAAGGACGAGCUUGAACGUGUUGCAAAGUCCAACCGAUAA